AUGCGACGAUGUGUGCAACUCUCACUUUCAAGUUUGUGGAACAAAAACUCUGUUUCUAUAACAGCUUUCGAAAGCUCCAACAGAUAUACCUCACACCCUGUUGCCCCUGCAGACGUUCUUCGAUUUGCUCGAAGCCGAAAACUAACACUUGCAGACCCUCCAGGAGACGACAACUUACCCAUCGAAUUGCUGAUUGGUGGCGACUAUUAUUGGCAUAUGGUCACUACGGAACCCCCGAUUAAAGUAACAGAAUCUGUUGGCAUAGUACCCUCUAUUUUUGGAUGGAUCCUUAAUAGGUCACGAACACACACCACCAUCAAACAUGAUUCAUCAGUUCGCCAUGUUUCUGUUCAAAUUUCUGGUGAUUGUUUGCACGACGAAGUGCGUUGCUUGUGGGAGUUGGAUUGUAUCGGUAUCAAAGACACUCAAAUCAGGAACAAAACUGUUCGAGAGAAUGAUAUUAUGAGAGAAUUUCACGAAACCUACCAAACUGAGGGAAAUCGUAGAGUUGUGUCUCUGCCUAGGAAGAGUACAAAAUCAAUUUUGUCUACUAACAUAGCUACUACCGAAAAACGUUUGAAAUCUUUCCAGAAGCGACUUGCAUCUAAUGAUGCUGUGAAGAAAGAAUACGAUAGUUGUAUGCUAAACUACAUUGAAGAAGGUCACGUUGAAGUUUAUGAGCUAGAACCUUCAAAUUUAAACACUGUAUUUUACCCACCCCAUCAUGCUGUCAAAAAAGUGAAACUUAACGAGACCAAAUGGAGGAUUGUGUUCGAUGCCUUAUUACAUGAUCCAGGAAUGCCUUCACUGAAUGAUACUUUAGAAAUCGGUCCAAAUCUUUUACCUGAGACGAUUGGUUGUCUACUCAGACUGCGAAUGCACAAAUUUGUAGUCACAGGUGACGGAAAAAAAUCCUUUCUACAACUAAGCCUUCACGAAAGAAAUAGAGAUUCCACAAGAUUUUUCUGGUACAGACUAUCACAGGACAAAGCUAACCCAUCUUUCACGGACGAAAUAAUUACUUAUAGAUUUACUCGUCUACCUUUCGGACUAGCAUGCAGCCCAUUUUUGUUAUGUGCUGCAACACGCGAAGUAGCUUCAAAGCACGUACAUGAAUUCCCAAUUGCUGCUCCCAUGAUCGAUAAACAUCUUUACAUGGACGAUUUUGUUGCUAGUGCUGAAACAGAAUCUGAAAUCGCCACACUGCAUAAAGAAGUCAAAGAAUUGAUGCAAUUGAUUGAAAUUCCAAUGGAGAAAUGGGCUACGAACUCCCCAAUGCUUCAGAGCCAAUUACGAGAUCAAGAUGAAGGAUUCAAAACAACUGUUAAAGUUUUAGGCAUAGAGUGGAAUACAGAAAAUGACACCCUCGGAAAUACUUUCAAAACCUCUCUCUGCGCUGUUCAAGACAAACCACUUACAAAGAGAUGGCUACUCCACUGUAUUGCUAGCUUCUACGAUCCUUUAGGACUGUUUUCUCCUUUUGUAAUCUUUGGAAAAAUUCUGUUUCAAGAUAUAUGGAUUCUAGGAAUCAAAUGGGACGAAAUACUGCCCUCUAAUUUGGCAACUUCAUGGAAUGCUGCUGUUGGAGAACUUGAUGACGUUAGCUCCUUUCAAAUUCCUCGAUUUAUAGGCGUUUCAUCACACGUUCCCUUUACUAUUCAUGUGUUUUGUCACGCAUCUAAACGAGCCUAUGAAGCAGUUCUAUACAUAGUUAGUUCUCAAGGUGAUCAAGCAAACGUGCAUCUAGUGUGCAGUCGCAACAGACUUGCACCUAUCAAGAAAGUCACUUUGCUCCGCUUGGAACUGCUAGCGGCUCUGAUGGGAGCUUGA